AUGAAUGAUGGGGUUCCGGACGAUGUGAAGAAUGAGAUUUUUGCGGCGCUGAGGUUUGGGGAUGGGGAAGUGGAGAGGAAAGGCGGGAGGGAGUGGCCGUUGAGUGGGGAUGAGUAUAGGCGGUAUGGCAGGCAGUUGAUUAUGCCCGAGGUUGGGCUGGCUGGACAGAUGAAGCUGAAGAAUGCGUCGGUGUUGAUUGUUGGCGUUGGGGGGCUGGGCUGUCCGGCGGCGGCGUAUCUGGCGGGUGCGGGUGUGGGCACGAUUGGCUUGGUGGAUGCGGAUGAUGUCGAGGUGUCGAACUUGCACCGCCAGAUUCUGCAUGGCACGGCAAAGGUGGGCAUGUCCAAGGUUGAGAGCGCGGUGUUGUACAUCAAUGGACUCAACGACGAAGUGCAAUGCAUUCCGCACCAUGAACGCAUCUUUCCGGAGAACGCACUGGGAAUCAUCAGCCAGUACGACGUCGUCCUCGACUGCACGGAUACACCGGCGUCGCGGUACCUGAUAUCCGACUCCUGUGUUCUCCUGCGGAAGCCGCUCGUCUCUGCCUCGGCCCUGCGCACCGAAGGCCAGCUGAUGGUGCUCAACAACCCGCCUCGCCCGGCCGGCGAUGUCCACGGCGGGCCAUGCUACAGAUGCAUCUUCCCGAAGCCGCCCCCGGCAGCCAGUGUAGUGACAUGCGGCGAGGGCGGCAUCCUGGGUCCGGUCGUGGGCACCAUGGGCGUGCUGCAGUCCCUCGAGGCGCUCAAAGUCAUCAUAGCGACCAGCAGCGAAGAGGACACGCCGAUGGAGCUGGACGAGAUCGACGCCCAGCAGCAGCAGCAGCAGCAGCGCAAGAAAGCAGACCCGCCUAACCUGCUCUUGUUCUCGUCGUUUUCAAAGCCCAUGUUCCGCUCCAUACGGCUGCGCUCCCGGAGAGCAGACUGUGCCGCGUGUUCGGCGCAAGCGUCCGUCACCGUCGAGUCGCUGAACUCGGGGAGUCUGGACUACGUCCAGUUCUGUGGCGUCAGCAGUCCCGUCGCGGCCCUGCAGCCCAGUGAGCGGAUAUCGGUCAAGUCGUUUGCCCAGCUGAUUGCCGACUCGGAGCAGGAGGUGCAUUUCGGCAGACCACUUGCUGCCCCGCCCGUCGUGCUCGACGUGCGAGAAAAGGUCCAGUUCGAUCUCUGUAGUCUGAAGGGCAGUAUCAACAUUCCAUACUCGGUCAUCAGCAGUACCGACCCCUCUGCAACGGGCCCGUCUGCCACUUGGGUUGACGAACUCCGGAGAAUCCCGCUUGAUCAGGCACUGUACAUCAUCUGUAGACUGGGCAACGAUUCGCAGCUCACCGUGAAGAGGUUCCGCGAGCUGGCUCUGGACGAGGGCGGACGACGACGAAUCGUAGACGUGGCGGGCGGGCUGAAAGCAUGGCGAGACAAGGUUGACAGAGACUUUCCCGAAUACUGA